CUACAUGCGAAUCCCCUCGCAUCCACUUCGAUGGUACCAACCUGCCACAGACCUACAUAUAUGCCCUGCCUAUCUGCUGGUCUACCCGGCAUAUAAAGCUUGAUCUUCAGCAAGAGCUUUUCGUCAGUUUGCGAGCACUUGCACUAUAAUAACGAAUCCGCCCUACGUCUCUUCCGCUUCUUCUUCUCUUUUUUCUUCGUUUCAAUCUUCUAUCCUUUUCUCCCUCGGAUUAACAAGUAUCACCGGGUUGCUCGGGUUUGCUUCGAUACGAGGUUAAUUGAUCCAUACUCCUGCUGUUAGUGUUGCGGUUGAAUUUGCUCUGAGACUUUACACUACGACACAGUAUCAAAAUGGCAGAGCCGGAUCAGAUUGUUCCCACCACGGCGCCCAAGAGGGCUUUCGGGGACCAUGCUCGCAGAGUUAAGAAGGCGUUCUUGACAAGGUAGGCGAACCUCCUUCUCCCCUUCACGCCAAGGUUCGAAAUGGUGGACGCGGUGGCGGGUCAUGUCAUGUUCAUGUCCCAUCAUAUCCAGCCGCUAACAACCUGCUUGUUUGCUCGCUCGUGAUAGGGAGGGGCUUGUCGGCAACUACGAUUAUGCCUUUUUGUUUCGGGUAUGAGAACUAUGAGCCUCCGUGCCCAUCUCCAUCCAUCCAUCCAUCCAUCCAUCCAUUCUACCCCCGCAUUCUUCUGCUCGGCAGGACAACAUGCGCAAUGCUUACCAGGGGGAAUCCAACAAUGUAGCCUCGGCUCCCAUUCAUGAGGAAGCCGUGCCGAGCGGCGCCUUUCUUCGGACUAGACGAUCGGAUGCCGGUAUUGCUUGCGCUACUCUUGGGGUUUCAACAGUUGCGUUCCCACCUUUCCCACUCUCUACAUACUCGUGCCCUUCGCAAUUGCGUGAUAUCCACUCGUGCAUAUCCGCCUUGAGCUUUUUGCUGAUAUCCCUCAUGUCAUUAUAGUGCUCUGGCAAUGCUGGCGGGAGUGGUUUCCCCACCGAUAAUCCUAGGAGGUGCAGGAGGUGCGAACCUACCGCCGGGGACCCAGCAGUACCUCGUUUCGACCUCACUGAUUGUUUGCGGUAUAUUGUCUGCUAUUCAGAUCACCAGAUUCCACAUCUGGGGAACCCCGUAUGUACUGGUCGUAAAUAGUCCUGGGGGGCAGCGGCAUGGAUGGUGCGUUUUUUUGGCUAAUUGAUGUGAUAUGCGCCGGUAGUUAUCAUAUCGGGACUGGCCUUAUAUCUGUGUGAGUAUUGCACUGCCGACCGACGAACGCCAGAAUGGGAUGACGCUAAACAUAGCAGCGUCGGAACCUCGUUCACCAUUAUACCCAUUGGUCAGGGCGCUUUGGAGCAGAUGUAUGCGAAUGGAAAGGUGAGAUGGUGAAACAUCAAAAUGUCACGGAUCCGUCGCUAACCGCGAUCCACGUGAAUCACCUGUAGUGUAUGUAACUCUUUCUAGAACUAAACCAUCCAGAAUUUCCUCCCUAACCCUAGAAAUCGCAGGUCCGAUGGGUGAAGGUGGUGUGAAGCUACCUUGUCCCGACGGUUAUGGUGAGUUAUGACGGGCCGCGAUCGAACACGGGAAACUUACCUAUGGUUUGUUCAGGCGCGAUCCUUGGGACCGGAUGUGUUUGUGCACUUUUAGAAAUCGCCCUUUCCUUCAUGCCACCCAGACUCCUGCAGAAGAUCUUCCCUCCGUUGGUCACUGGCCCGACUGUGAUGCUUGUCGGCGUCAAAUUGAUUGCGUCUGGUUUUAAGAAUUGGGCCGGAGGGAAUGGGCCAUGCGCCGCGAUGCCUAAAACGGGAUUAUUCUCUCUAUGUCCUAAUACUGCAGCUCCGCAUGCUCUGCCCUGGGGCUCCGCAGAGUUUAUUGGUAAGUUUUUCUGAAGGGCAAUCUUGUGCCGUGGGUUGUGGUUGACCUGACCCUCUUAUCAGGCCUUGGAUUCUCCGUGUUCAUUGCUAUCAUUAUUUGCGAGAGAUUUGGAAGUAAAUAGUCUAACCUUGAUCUGGUAAUACCUUUAUUUAUGCUAAGCAGAUAUUAGGUCCUAUCAUGCAGUCUACUAGCGUCGUCAUUGGACUGCUAUUUGGAUGCAUUAUCGCUGCGGCCACUGGCUACUUUUCUAAUAAGAAUAUAGAUCUGGUAAAGUUGAAUCGGGUGUCGCGCGGAUAGCUGUUUGUGAUAUUGACCGGUGAUAGGCUCCUGCUGCUUCGUUUAUCUGGGUUCAGACAUUCAAACUCUCGAUAUACGGGCCGCUCGUACUACCGUAUGUUUUGAGUCAGCACCAACCUCUAUCUUGCUAAUUUGCUCGUAGGACAUUAGCCGUUUAUAUAAUUCUAGCGUGUGAGGCGAUUGGCGACAUCAGCGCAACGUGCGACGGUAUUCACACCUCAUCCCUGCACGGUAGAGGGUGAUUGAUACUUAUGCUUGAGCAGUCUCCAGGCUCGAUGUCGAUGGUAAAAUGUUCGACUCACGUAUUCAGGGGGGUCUCUUGGCCGAUGGUAUCAACGGACUUCUAGCAAGUUUAGCCACCGUCACCCCCGUGAGCACGUACGCUCAGAAUAAUGUAUGAAUUACCAUCUCUCCGGACCUUUAUUAUUAUUAUUAUUAUUAUGUCCGCGACUUUCUGGCUAACAUAGCAUUAGGGCGUCAUCGCUCUCACUCGGUGCGCAAACCGCAAGGCUGGAUAUGGAUGCUGGUCCGUAAUCCCGUUGAAAAUUUGCUGUUCCAUUACCCCCUUUUAUUCCGCCACGCGGCGCUGUGAACCAUAAUAACUCAUGCUUGUUAUAGCUUCUUUCUGAUACUUAUGGGAAUUUUCUCAAAAUUUGCUGCAUCCCUCGUGGCAAUUCCGUCUGCGGUCUUGGGCGGGAUGACUACAUUCCUCGUAAGCCACUUUUGUGCCAAGGGGAACGAAAAGAACAAAAAACAAGGGCCUCUCACUGAUUUGCGCACAGUUCUGUUCAGUGGCCGUAUCGGGCAUGAGGAUUACGGCAACAAUGCCGUUCACACGUCGUAGUAAGCUUUUUUUCUUUUCCUUCUCUUCCCCCCCCCCCCCCCCCUUUCUUCCUUAUUUCUAUCUUCCUCACGCUUCUUGCCCGGCCCGCCAACUGGUCUUGCUCUACCAUGGAAGUCUCAAUUGCUCAGUCUUACAAAUUUAACACUCAAUUUUCCCAGAUCGAUUCAUUCUGACGGCAGCUCUUGCAUUGGGGUAAAUCAACCUGCGUCACUCUUGUUAAAAGAAAAGCGAAACAGCAGGCUUACUGGAUAAUAAUAACAUGAUAACGAUAUAGAUACGGAGCGACCCUCGUUCCGACAUGGUUUGAGUAAGUCUUCCUUCUUGCCCUUCUGGAAUGAAAUUAGCUCUUAGCAGUAAUCAGCCACUGAUUGAAGGCCUUGACAGCCACUUUUUCACAUACAAGGGAGGUGGUGGAUUGCAGGGAUUCUUGGAUGCCAUUAACCUUAUCAUGGAGACCGGGUUCGCCAUAACCGCUUUGUGAGUGACAGUGAACUCCUAUCAGAUGUCGUAGCCUCUACGGCCAUGCCGAACAAGUGACUGAUGAUGAUUCGUUAUUCACUUUUUCUUGAUACAACCAUCAGUGUUGCAAUCUUCUUGAACCUACUUCUACCGGAGGAAGUCGAGGAAGACGAUGGAGAAGAAGUUCCGGUUGAGUCCUCAAAUAAUAGUAACAGGCAGGAAUUGGACUCGGAGCCGCUGGGCCAUGGCGGUGAAAAGGUUUGAGACAUAUUGCCGUUUCUGAGAUAGCUCUUUUUCAUUUUUAUUCCUAUUUUUUCCUUUUCCUACUCUCCUGGGCUUGAUUGCUACCCCCUCCCCCCCCCCGCGCGCGCUCUCCCUGAUACCUAAGGGCACUGUAUCAACUUUCCAGCAUGUGAACCCCCGGUUGCAGCAUCCCCGCAGUCGUGGGUCGCUUUCUCCCGGCUCUAAUUUCUAGCACGGGUAUAGCGUUAGUUGUUGAUACCGGUAUCCGGAGGGUAAGCAAAAGGUCUGGGGGGUUCCGCUGAUGCUGAUGGCAAUACUCGAGUACCACUGCGAGAAAUGAGAUAAAAUAAAAUAUUCCUCAU